AUGUCGUCAAAUAGUAUACUGAUCACUUUCAGCUUCUUCAAUUUAUCACCCGUGGUUAUUUCCAGUGAUAAUUUUGCUUCAGUUUUAUACAGUUCUUUAUUCAAAGGUAACUACACACCAGAUAUUCACCCUUACUGCAGUAAAAAAGCUGUUAAUGUCACAAUUGACGUAGGGCUCCGUGAAAUUGUGGAUUUAUCAGAAAAACAUGAGACCAUUAAACUGAAGAUUUGGGUCAGACUUCAAUGGAAAGACUGUAACUUCGUGUGGAAUGUCUCUGAAUUUGGUGGAAUUUCACAGAUAGGAGUCCCAUAUGAAAAACUCUGGAUCCCAGAUGUGACUUUAUUUGAAGGUAUUAAUGAUGUUGCGAACAUGCCAGACAUGAAGCAAUACAGAGCGUUGAUUACAAACAUAGGACAAAUUCAAUAUCAGUUUCCUACGGCUAUUCAAAUGACAUGUGGAAUGAAUAUUUCUAUGUUUCCAUACGAUUAUCAAAUGUGUACUUUGACAUUUGGUUCAUGGAUACACUCAAACAGCGAAAUAGAAAUGUUCAGUAAAUCCGAUACUGGAGAUCUCACUUCCUUUGUCAAUCACCAGGAGUGGGUAGUCGUUAGUCUAAAAGCAACUAAGAUGACAGAGUUAUACACAUGCUGUGAGGAACCUUUCUCUAGCAUUUCCUAUAAAUUGGUGAUAAAACGCAAGGCCACCUUCUACAUAAUCACAAUGAUUUUACCUUUCUUUGCGCUCACUGUAUUAUCCAUUGCUGGAUUCGUUUUGCCAUCCAUCUCUGGAGAAAAGAUGUCAUUCCACAUGAACAUCCUUUUGGCAAUGACAGUCUAUUUGCUCCUGAUUCAGGAUUCACUACCAUCAUCAUCUGAAUUCUUUCCAAAAAUCGGAAUAUACUUUAUCAAUACCCUCCUAAUAAUUUGCUUGUCCUGUGUGUUGUCAGUAAUCGUUGUGUAUCUUUUCUACCAUGAUCUCAGUGGCAAACAGAUGCCUAAAUGGGUCAAAAGAGUUCUGGUUGUUGGACUGGGUCGACUGAUGUUCAUCACAGAAGACACUGUUAUACGCUUCAGAGCUCAACAAACUUCUGGAAAAGAACCAGCAGAAAAAAACCUCGUGAUUAUGAAAACCCCUAAAGCCAAAAAGAGUAGGAAGAUUGUAAAACCAACAGCUCUAAGUGGCAUACAGAACGCUGUCUAUGAUGGUUGGGAGACCGAGGUAGGGGAAGUACGGCGUCGAGACCCUAACAGCAUCGGCUUCACGGAAAUCGACAACUCCAACAAGAAGAUGAAUGAGUGGGAGUUGCUGGCCUAUAUAUUGGAUAGAUUCUUCACUAUUCUCUAUACUCUUGUCGUAUCUCUUAAUACGGUUGCAUUUCUUAUUGUCUUUGGUCAAAAUGAUGCACCCUCAUAA